AACUAAGGAAUAUUUUAUUAAAUAAUUCAUUUAGCUGUUAGACAUCACUUUAAAUAGUUAGACAUUAUUUUUAAGUUCUGUUCGCAAUUGUAAUACAAUAUUAAACAAAAUCAUGAAAUUAUUGACUAUUUUAAUAGCACUUCCAUUGGUAUUGUCUGAGAAGUCCUCACAAGCGGAUGACUCAUUGGACAUGGAUCUGAUAAAAAUCCAAAGCAUUGACAAUGAAAUGAAUGAUUUGUUUAUCAAAUAUCUUCCGAAAUACAAAUUUCAUGGAAAGGCAGGAAAUGGUUUAACCAAAGCCUACGAGACUGUGACCCAAGUCUAUCAGAAUUUCGACACAUUUUCGGACAAUACUAAGAUAAACCCAACCACUGAAGAUAACAGACGACCCCUUGAUUUCAAAGACUUCUCGACCGUUAAGUUCUCUCAAGUGUUUCCAAAAGUCUUCAAAAGUAUUGGUAAAGUGAUGAAUGAGAUAUCGACGGAUCCGAUGAGUCCUAUAAAUGAGGAGGAAUUGAAGAAAAUUGACGAAAAGGUGGAGACAUUCCGGAAGUGUCGACAAUCGGUGACAUCGACUAACACUAAGGGCCCAAAUGCCGAUCAAUUGCCUGAUAUAUGCUUUGCUGUCACUCUCUUUGUUCAUAAAACCGAUGAAAUCACUGAUUAUUUUGGGCAUUUGGUGACGAUUUGUGUGAACUAUUGCUGUCUUACGAGACAUUCACCGAUCGAUUCCGUCACCAAACAGUGUCUCAACAGUUCCAACGAUUGA